GUAGACCAUUUCAACCUUCAUGUGGGUUUUGUUUGGGCCUAGGUCUGCAUUUGUGGCUAGGCCUAGCUUCUGGGGAUGGCAUUGGGCCUAAUUGUGAAAAGGCCUUUUAGAUGCAGAAAGUCCUUGUCCAUCUCUGAAAAUGGAGCAUAAUCCUGGAGCAAGGAAUGCAGUGACACCCUGUGGAUCCCUACAUGGUGAUGAUGGUGCAUUAAAAGGGCAAGGAGCAGAAGCUACAAUUUUUCUCUUUUGGAAUGAACAGCCUACUAUAGAGGAGACAAAAUCUGCGGACAGGAGGGAGCAGCCGCCCCGGUCGCCGCCAGCCCCGCCGCCGUCUCGCCCUGCUCUCGCCUGGACCAGCCCUCCGUCCAAGCCCAGGAGUGGAGAGAAAGCUGUGCUCCGCUCGGCUGCACACGCAUCGACCAGCCCCCUUCCAAGCAUGUCCGAGCCCAGCGCCCAGACGGCGGGAGCAGCGAGGGACAAGGACCCCCGAAGCCAGGCGGCCCAGCUGCUUUUGGGGCUGCGUUGGGGCCGCCUGGAGGAGCCCCUGGGAUUCAUUAAGGUGCUGGAGUGGCUGUUUGCCAUUUUUGCCUUUGGAGCCUGUGGUUCUUUCAGUGCAGAAACAGGGGCUACUGUGAAAUGCAAUGAAGACCCUAAAGAUACAACUGCUCUUACUGUGCAGUUUGGAUACCCUUUCAGGUUGUACAAGGUUCCAUUUGAUAUGCCAGACUGUGUUAAAGACUCUACUGAGAAAAGGACGCUGCAUCUCAUGGGAGACUUUUCAGCACCUGCUGAGUUCUUUGUGACCUUGGGUGUCUUUUCUUUCCUGUAUACCAUGGCAGCUCUUGCAGUCUAUCUACGAUUUCACUCCCUUUAUAAAGAAAACAAGAGGCUACCUUUUGCGGACUUCUGUGUGACCAUCUCGUUUACCUUUUUCUGGCUAGUGGCAUUUUCAGCUUGGGGAAAGGGCCUGUCAGAUGUGAAAGGGGCCACACGGCCUUCGAGUCUCAUUGCUGCUAUGUCAGUGUGUCAACUCAAAACUGCUGUGUGCAACGCUGGGGCCACACCUUCUAUGGGUCUGGCCAACAUCUCUGUGCUGUUUGGUUUUGUCAACUUUAUACUGUGGGCUGGAAACUGCUGGUUUGUUUUUAAAGAGACCCCUUGGCAUGCACAGACCACCAACAAGGAAAGCUCUGCUGAACAAGGAGCUGUUGAUAAGCAAUAAGGAACCUCCCCCCUGAAGCUGCCUCCUUCCAGCACCAAGAACAGACAAUGUCUUAUCUCACAUGCUCAUCCCAUUUUACAGCAGCAUAGGAAUAUGCCUUUUCUGCUGCUGUUUGUCGUCCUGGCUUCCUUCCAUGACCGAUAUGGGAUGCCUUCCUCUGAAUGAAAUCGGAGGUCCUUGAUAUACAGACUAUAACUUUCUCUCUCUCUCUCUCUCUCUUUUUCUUUUGUAUAAAUGUAUGGUAUCAUACAUAGUAAUUUUGGCUACCAGUCCUAGGCUGUGACUUUUGUUUCUUCACAGCUACUUUUGACCCAUUUAAAGAAACGUAGCAGGGUGGGAUAAAGAGCAUAGAGAGAACUAAGACACUAGUGCCACAGAACCUGGGGCAUCUAGGCACUUUUGAGAAAAAGUACACCUACUCUGCAACCAUAAUGAAAGCAGAACCAGCAAUGUUCCAUCUGGCUUAGUAAAAAGAAGGGAGAAAAUGCAGGGAAUAUUUUUAUAUUGGUACACUUGGAGGGAGGUGUUGAGUUUGAGUGUGUGGAACAUCUCUCUGCUUUCCUUAAACUUAAUUGGAUUAAUGUUUAAGAAGGCUAGUUCACCCUUGCACAGCAAAGAUCUGAUGGCCCUUUCUUUCAUCUCUGGUUACACACAGAUGUACAUUGUAUCCAUGUUGAGCCAUGAGUGCUGACUUCCUCUGUUUCUCUGUGCUGUGUCUUCCUUAUGCAUACCAUGGAGGCAAACAUUUCAUUACACAGAAGUAGCAUUGGUGGAGUUGUUUGUGAUGGAAACCCCAAACCACCUGUUCCAGUGUCUUCCUGUGUUUAUUUUUUGUUUUUAAUACAGCACAACCUGUGUUCCUUCUAAGCACCUAGGAUAGUUGAUUAUAACGCUUGAGUCCAAGAGCUCUAGGGCAUUCAUUUUCUCAUUGACAAACAUGCAGGUAAGAUGGAAGUUUGUACAACUUGUUAAGUUAUUGAGAAUUGUUGUGGCUAGUGACCUUGGGACUGGCCCUUAAACCCACUGGUAAUAGAGCCUUGUUGUCACUGAACUCAUGUAUACCACUAUUGCCUGCCACCAUCACCUUUAACUCCACUUCAUCAGUAGAGAGCUGGAUAUAGAAUGAACAAUUUGUUGGAGACUUGAGGCAUCCCAGGCCUCUAAGUGAACAUCAAAAUUGUUUAGGACGUUUCACAAUCUCUAGAUGUCCCUCUGACAGAGGAUGGGACCAUCAGAGCAUACGGUUUAGGACACUAUUAAAUCUGUCCUCUUUCCCUGUGCCUUUUAAAUCAUAGGGACAACUCGCUAUUGCACAUAUGAAGCAGGUUAUUUGUGGGAGGGGGGCUGUGUUCCUGUCACUUGUUUAUUUCUGCUGAUCAUCCCAUUGACACAAACGGGGCUGGAGCCUAUCCUAGAGUCUGCUCCUAGCUCUUCUUAUGCCCAUGUUUUGAAACCAGCAUAAAUAGAGAAGAAGCUUCUAGGGCACCCCCAAAUCCCUAAAUCUCUGUGCUUCUAUAUGUCUAAUUUUGGAUGGGAAAAUUGCUUGGUGGGUGGGGGGACAUGCAGUGGGAUGGGGUGUCAUUCCUUUUUCUGCUAGAUUAAACCUUUCACAACAGA